GUUGACCUGCUGCUUCACUGCUGUUGUUUGCAGCCAGCACCAGCCUGCCCACCUUCAUAAGCCCCUGCCAUGGCCAGGAGAUCCCCCCCCUUGGUCAAGAGGAAGUUCCACCACAAGCACGUCCUGGGCCUCCUCCUCCUCCUCCUCCCAGCGUUCGUCGUCGCCGUCUUCUGCCAUGGCCAGAAGAUAUCGUACGUCCUCCGCCCCAUAUGGGACACCCCGCCGCGCCCGUUCACACGCAUCCGGCACUACCACGCGCAGGGCUUGCCGAUGGAUCACCUCUGCCGCCUCCAUGGCUGGAGCCUCCGGUCCUCCCCUCGCCGGGUUUUCGACGCCAUCCUCUUCAGCAACGAGCUCGACAUACUCGAGAUUCGGUACCGCGAGCUCCUGCCUUACGUACAUAAGUUUGUCAUCCUCGAGUCGAACGUCACCUUCACAGGCAUCGCCAAACCACUCUACUUCGUCGACAACCUCGACCGGUUCGAGUUCGCGAGCUCCAAGAUUGUUCGCGGGGCUUUCUCAGGCAAUUCCGGCGGCACGCUGGGCAGAGAUCCUUUUGAGCUCGAAGCCAAGCAGCGGGUAGCCUUGAGCGCCCUUCUCCGGCGGUCAGGGAUCGCCCCGGGGGAUGUGGUCAUCAUGGCCGACGCUGACGAGAUCCCGAGCGCCGAGACGGUCAAACUCCUGCGAUGGUGCGAUGGCGUGCCGCCGGUGAUGCACCUGGAGCUGAGGCAUUACAUGUACUCCUUCGAGUUCCCUGUGGACUACAGCAGCUGGCGAGCCACGGCGCACUUGUACAACCAGGGGACCGGAUACCGGCAUUCGAGGCAGGCGGACCUGAUGCUGGCGGACGCAGGGUGGCAUUGCAGCUUCUGCUUCCGUACGAUCGAGGAGUUCGUGUUCAAGAUGACGGCAUACAGCCAUGCGGAUCGUGUGCGGCGGUCGAGCUUCUUGGAUCGCCGGAGAAUUCAGCAUAUCAUUUGCCGGGGCGAGGACCUGUUCGACAUGUUGCCCGAGGAGUACAGCUUCCGUGAGCUGAUCAAGAAGAUGGGUUCGAUACCGAAAUCAGCAUCGGCAGUGCAUCUUCCCUCAUUCCUGCUGGAGAAUGCUGACAGGUUCACAUUCUUACUGCCUGGUGGAUGUUCAAGGUUGAAAUAGAUGAUGUUAAGUUUGUUUUACUUGAUGAACAUGGUAUAAGAUCACCGGAAACAAUCAUACAAGUGACACCAAUAAGUCAAGAACCUUUAUGCAAGAAGCAAAGUAGAAGACUUCUCAUGGUUCACAAAAUGAAGUUUGCAGUGUGGAAAUGCUUCACUUGUAUGUGAUCACUUAUGAAAGAGAACAACAAGUUGAAUUUGUGAUGUUUGCAGAACAAAACAUCUAAAUAGAGAGGAAGAUGAUGGCCAAAAGCUCAGAGACUUUUCUCCAAUACCAGCUAUUUAGUUGCAUCUGGUCACUGCAGGAAAUUUCCUAUAGUAACUUGGGGUAGUCAAGGACAGAAAUCUUCAUUGAUUAAUCUGCUUCUUGACGUCAAUUAACAACUACAAAUGAUUUUUUUGGGGAGAAAAGUCAAACACUUGUUCCAUUUCUGAACUAGCUGGUGCCUCAGUAACAUGUUCUGAGCACCAAACUACAAUGAUUCUUUUAUGGGUCUCCAAUCCUUCCUUUUGUUAGAGACUGCCCUUGCAACUCCUGCAAGAACGUAGUAGAAAAGAUCUAUUUGUUGCUAA